AUGCUCAUUAGACCAAUCCCACUUCGAGAAGAUAACUAUGGUUAUUUGAUCAUCGAUGAAGCAUUCCCAAAGAAGGGUGCAUUGGUUGACCCAUUCACACUUUCAAAAUGUCAAGAAGCAGCCAAGUCAUCCGGAGUAGAAGAAGUCGUUGCAAAUAUUACAACCCACCAUCAUCAAGAUCAUGCAGGUGGAAAUGGUGAUUUUGCAAAAGCAUAUCCUAAAGCACCCAUUUACGGAGGUAGUGAUCAAGUAGAAAAGGUGAACAAGAUCGUCGGAAAAGGUGAUAGUUUCCCACUAUUUGAAGGAAGUUCAAUCAAUGUCAAGACUUAUCCAACUCCUUGUCAUACGCAAGACAGUACCGCUUUCUUCUUGGAAGAUUCAAAAGCCAAAUCUACAAACGUGGACCAACAACAAUAUCAAAGAGCUGUCUUUACUGGUGAUACAUUGUUCAUUUCCGGCUGUGGAAGAUUCUUUGAAGGAACGGCAGAAGAGAUGGAUACUGCAUUAAACAAAACUUUGGCUUCUUUACCGGGCGAUACGGUCGUGAUGUGUGGUCACGAAUACACGAAAUCCAAUGUUGCAUUCUCUCAAGGCGUUUUACCUUCCAGACCUGCAAUUCAAAAAUUGGUAGAAUUCGUUCGAAACAAUAAAGUUACAACUGGAAAAUUCACCAUCGAUGAUGAAAAGAAACACAACAUUUUCAUGUUGGUCAACGAUGAAGAAGUGAAAAAGGCAUUGAACCUCCAGGGAAAGGGCUCAACUGAAGUGAUGGCCACUUUGAGAGAAUUAAAGAAUUCCGGAAAGAUGAUGUCGAAGGUCUGA